CUUCGGGAGACGCUCGUCUUGGCUUCAGCUCCUCUUCGGCGGAGCUCGGCUGACGCUCGUCCUCUCGGGCUCGGCUCUCUUCGUCUGCGUUCGGCGGCGGCCCGGAAGGGCGCCCAUGGAGCGGGGACUGUCGGCUCGACCGACGGCUAUGGCGCCGCUGCUGGAAUAUGAGCGGCAGCUGGUGCUGGAGCUACUGGACGCGGACGGGCUGGUAGUGUGCGCCCGCGGGCUCGGCGCGGACAGACUCCUCUACCACUUCCUCCGGCUGCACUGCCACCCGGCGUGCCUGGUGCUGGUGCUCAACACGCAGCCGGCCGAGGAGGAGUAUUUCAUCAAUCAGCUGAAGAUAGAAGGAGUGGAACACCUCCCUCGCCGCGUAACAAAUGAAAUCGCAAGCAAUGGCCGCUAUGAGGUUUACACACAAGGAGGUGUGAUAUUUGCAACAAGUCGAAUUCUCGUGGUUGAUUUUUUGACUGAUAGAAUACCUUCAGAUUUAAUUACUGGCAUCUUGGUGUAUAGAGCUCACCGAAUAAUCGAGUCUUGUCAAGAAGCAUUCAUCUUGCGCCUCUUUCGCCAGAAAAACAAACGUGGCUUUAUUAAAGCUUUCACAGACAACGCUGUCGCCUUUGAUACUGGUUUUUGUCAUGUGGAAAGAGUGAUGAGGAAUCUUUUCGUAAGGAAGCUGUAUCUGUGGCCAAGGUUCCAUGUCGCAGUAAACUCAUUUUUAGAGCAGCACAAACCUGAAGUCGUAGAAAUUCAUGUUUCUAUGACGCCUGCCAUGCUUGCCAUUCAGACUGCUAUCCUGGACAUUUUAAAUGCAUGCCUAAAGGAACUAAAAUGCCAUAACCCAUCGCUGGAAGUCGAAGAUUUGUCUUUAGAAAAUGCCAUUGGAAAGCCCUUUGACAAGACAAUCCGCCAUUAUCUGGAUCCUUUGUGGCACCAGCUUGGAGCCAAGACUAAAUCCUUGGUUCAGGAUUUGAAGAUACUACGAACUUUACUGCAAUAUCUCUCUCAGUAUGAUUGCAUCACAUUUCUUAAUCUUCUGGAAUCCCUGAGGGCAACAGAGAAGGCUUUCGGUCAAAAUUCAGGUUGGCUGUUUCUUGACUCCAGCACCUCGAUGUUUGUAAAUGCUCGAGCAAGGGUUUAUCGUGUUCCAGAUGCCAAAAUGAGUAAAAAAGGCAAAAUGUCCGAAAAAGUGGAGAUUAAAGAAGAGCAAGAAACAAAAAAGGAACUGGUCCUGGAAAGCAACCCAAAGUGGGAAGCACUGACUGAAGUACUGAAAGAAAUUGAAGCAGAAAAUUCGGAGAGUGAAGCCCUUGGUGGUCCAGGUCAAGUACUUAUUUGUGCAAGUGAUGACCGAACGUGUUCCCAGCUAAGAGAGUAUAUCACCAUGGGAGCAGAGGCCUUCUUGCUGAGACUCUACAGGAAAGCCUUUGAGAAGGAGAGCAAAGCUGAGGAAGUGUGGGUGGCUUUCAGAAAGGAGGAUGGUGCAAAGAGAACUGUGAAAUCUAACAAAAGACCCAAAGACCCCCAAAACAAAGAAAGAGCUCCUGCCAAAGAACGGGCUCUCAAAAAGAAGAAACAAAAGUUAACGUUAACUCAGAUGAUGGAGAAACCUGAAGAACUUGAGGAGGAAGGGGAUAGCAAAGAAGGAUACCCUAGAGACUUAUGCAGCAGCCCAGAGAGCUGCUUAGAAGAAAUCAAGCAUGAGGAGUUUGAGUUAAACUUGUCAUCGGAUGCCGCUUAUGGAAUUCUGAAAGACCCCCUCAUCAUCAUCCACCCGCUUCUGGGUUGUAGCGACCCCUAUGCUCUGACGAGGGUACUCCACGAAGUGGAGCCAAGAUACGUGGUUCUGUAUGACGCAGAGCUAACGUUCGUGCGUCAGCUCGAAAUUUACAGGGCAAGUAGGCCCGGGAAACCGCUCAGGGUUUACUUUCUCAUAUACGGAGGUUCGACCGAAGAACAACGCUAUCUCACUGCUUUGCGGAAGGAAAAGGAAGCUUUUGAAAAACUCAUCAGGGAAAAGGCUAGCAUGGUUGUCCCGGAAGAAAGGGAAGGCAGAAGUGAAACCAACCUAGACCUGGUAAGAGGCUCCGUGUCUGCAGGUGAUCCCACCGACACUCGGAAAGCAGGUGGCCAGGAACAGAAAAGUAUACAGCAAACUAUAGUGGUGGAUAUGCGUGAGUUUCGAAGUGAACUCCCGUCUCUGAUCCAUCGCCGGGGCAUUGACAUUGAGCCAGUGACCUUAGAGGUUGGAGAUUAUAUUCUGACCCCAGUAAUGUGUGUGGAACGCAAGAGCAUCAGCGAUUUGAUCGGCUCUUUAAACAACGGCCGCCUCUACAGCCAGUGCAUCUCCAUGUCCCGCUACUACAAGCGACCAGUGCUGCUGAUCGAGUUUGACCCCAGCAAGCCUUUCUCUCUCGUUGCCCGAGGUGCCUUCCAUCAGGAGAUCUCCAGCAAUGACAUUAGUUCCAAACUCACCCUCCUCACCCUGCACUUCCCCAAACUCCGGCUUCUCUGGUGCCCGUCCCCUCAUGCCACCGCGGAGCUGUUUGAGGAGCUGAAACAAAAUAAGCCGCAGCCUGAUGCAGCGACAGCCAUGGCUGUCACAGCGGAUUCUGGAACCCUCCCUGAGUCAGAAAAGUAUAACCCUGGCCCCCAGGACUUCUUGUUAAAGAUGCCGGGGGUGAAUGCCAAAAACUGUCGCUCCUUGAUGAGCCACGUGAAGAACAUUGCAGAAUUAGCAAGCCUGUCACAAGACAAGCUCGCAGGCAUCCUGGGGAACGCUGCAAAUGCCAAGCAGCUUUAUGACUUCAUUCACACCUCUUACGCAGAGAUUCUAUCGAAAGGGAAAGGGAAAAAAUGAACAAUGGUGGCUGUUUACUUACCUCCCGACUGUGCUUUUCAACUGCUCUUUGCCAGCGUAAUAGGUCGUUGUUAAUGAUGAGCUCAGUAUUUCAUUCUCUCCCCAUGUUUUUAAUGAUUGUGCUGUGUUUCGUAGUUCAGUGGAUCAGAAGCCAAGAUUUCUCCCUGAACUUGGCAUUUAAGCACCUUCUUGACCUUUUCCCACCAGCUCUCUCUCCCUCCCUGCGCUGUCCGUGCCCGGGUCCGGGUGUUCAGUUUUUGAAUAGGGUGUAUCAGGAUCAGGUAAAGUUUCUAUAAGUGCUUAUAGACGGCCACUUGUGAGGCAAGCUGGAAUUUAUGUGUCCUGCACAGACUGACAAAGCACACAAUCGUGUUUUCACCCUCUGUCUGUGGAGGGCCCCUGGAACUCUGAGAGGAAACAUUUCUUCUCCGCUCCUGGCCAGUUUCCCCCCACACCUUCCUCAGACACCCUUCUGCUACCUGUCUGCCCCUAAGAAAACUCAUGGGGGCGUCCUCCUACUAAUUUAAGACAACCACCUCUAAAACUGGCCGAUUAAUUUUCCAGACACCUGAAUAAAUACAGAUGUAGCACUCAGUUGUUCCAAACCAGUAUUUUUAAAACAUAAAAUGAAUUACCUAUUUACAGAAGUUUAUGGUGUAGGUGAGGAACGCUUAGAAUUCUGUUUUUACUGAUAGUUAACGUCCUAAAGAUUUUGUUUUCCUUCCUUAAGUUGAGUUAAAAGGACUGGAAGUAACUGGAAAAUCAAUUCAUAGAUUAUAUAAAAUUCUAAAGAAAUUAUACAUAUAUAUAUAUAUAUAUAUAUAUGUAUAUAUAUAUAUAUAUAUAUUUAAAAAAUUAUAAAGAACCCUGGCCGACAUGGCUUAUUAGUUGGUUGAGUAACAUCCUGUACACCGAAAGGUUGCCCAUUUGAUCCCCAGUCAAGGUGCGUGUGGGAGGCAACCGAUUGAUGUUUUUCUCAUCUUCUUUCUCUCUCUCCCUCUUCCUUCCUCUCUCUCUCAAAAGAAAAUCAAUAAAAAAAAUAUUUUUAAAAAUUCAUAAAGAAAAAAAAAUCUCAUUGUAAACCUGAUUGAUUUCAUUUGACUUUUAAGGUGUACAUAAGGGGCAUUCAUACCAUCUUUGUGCAGUUUUUAAACUUUUAUAUUUAAACAUUAUGAACUUAAGUCAGUGGUUCUCAACCUUCCUAAUGCUGCAACCCUUUAAUACAGUUCCUCAUGUUGUGGUUACAAAUUGAACAUAAUUAAAGCAUAGUGAUUAAUCACAAAAACAAUAGGUAAUUAUAUAUGUGUUUUCUGACGGUCUUAGGCGACCCCUGUGAAAGGGUCGUUCGACCCCCAAAGGGCUCGCGACCCACAGGUUGAGAACCGCUGACUUAGUCACAUAUUUAAUAAUGAGUAGUAAAAUUUCUACCUCAAGAGCUGAUGUAGACAUCAGUUCCACUAGCCAUAUCCCACAGUGUAAUGUUUCUUUAGUGUCAGCCAUGUUUUUCUUUGUCGCACUAAGUCUCAACUCAGAGGACACGGGACCAUGUGACACAAAAUGGGCUUCAACUUUAACAUAAGCACUGCUUUUAACUGUCCUCUCCAAACGGAACCAUACUGAUUCUUUGGUUUCUUGGUGUGUUAACGAAUGUUAAUACAGUUACAGUAUAUGUAGAUUUUGCAAGGAUACUUGCAAAAAUGAAUGAGGGGCAUCAAAGAGCCCUAUUGGUUAUUGUAGAACCCUGUUCAGAGAUUUGGAGAGUAGAGAAGAGGACAAGAAACAAAAAAUUAAGAUAGAUUAAAGAUUUGGGCUACUAAUUUUGUUUAAAAUAGGGUUAAAAUAUACCCCUGAGAAUAGAAAACAAAAAUGUCAGAUACACAUACCAUUAAAAUCAUAACUAAAAGGAACUUUAAAAUAGUCGUACCACCUCAAAUAAUCAUGGUUAAUAUCAUUUUUAUUCACCCCUAUCCUAUCAGUUUAGCUUGAGGUAUGUAAUUUCUAUUAUUUCGUUAUUUCUUCUUGUACAUUCCACCUGCCUUUUAUUGUUCUUUCAUUACAUAAAAGGAAAAACCUGACAGCACAUUCUUUGAUAAGGGUUUUAUUACAAGCUAAAUUUUCAAAAAAUAAGCUUUUAAAGCUACCAUUUUAAACAAUCCGAGUUAUUAGUACAACUGAGGUAAUAGUGUUCAUUGUAUUUAGAAAGCCAGUGGCCCCUGACUCUCAAGUGCUGUUACUUGCCAUUGUAGCCAGUGGACAUUUGAAAACAGGUGCAUCGUCUCGUGUAUAUUUGACGUAUGAGCGAUAGUUUCUAAUGACUCUACGUGGUCAUUAUGAAUGAAAGGCUCUCCCCACCGCGUCCUCUCCCAACUUAAAUGUAUGUAUUUUAAAUGUGUCUCCCGUUGUGGGAAGCCUUUAUUACACCAUCAUGUGUUUACUUUUAUCAAAUAUUUUUUUGUGGCAAACGAACUAGAAAGGCACAGUUGAAAAAUUACUAUACCACUUUAUAUCCUAGCAUCGUUUUGUUAGCUCUGCCUUUUUCUUUGAAAGUCAGAAAUAUCCAGUAUACAUAUGAACUCACGCUUAGCUUUUUAAAAACUUGAGAUCAAGUUUUUACAUUAUUUUACUUCAUGUUUUUUACAUAAAAACUUGAGCAUAUGAGAUAGUGUGAUAAGUUGAUUUGUUUAUGUCAUUGUGCCUCUAUGUUUCCUUAAAAUUAUACAAGAAGAAAUCACUUUUAAUAGUGGCUGUAAAUAAUGUCCUUUGACAAUAAGUUGCUGUUUUCUUCUAUCUGUUUCUUCAAUCUGAGGCUUAUCAUGUUUACAUAUGUGUUAGUACAGCCAGGAUGCAGUUUCCCAGCUCAUGGGGCACUAAAAGUAACUUUAGUCCCAUUCCUCACCCAUUGGGAACAUAGAGGGUUAACUCUGGAUUUGGUUGUGUUGAGAGCAUCAAAUUGAUAAAUGGCCUUGACCAGGAAAGCCUACACUGAAGCAAAUCUGAAGAAGUGGGUGGGGGCAAAGCGGCAGACGUUAGUCUUUGCUUUUGUUUUUCAAGCAUAAUUUGAUUUUCCUUUGGCUCAGAAAACGCUUUAGGGAAAUUCCCUUCUCUUUGGUGUUUAGUUUAACCUAGAAAUGUCCUCUUAAAAACCAACAUUGUAGGAAAAUUCUCUUCUCGGACUCAAGUAUAUAAAAAUGUAGCCAGACUUCUGCAUGAGUUGUCAUUUUUCUUAAAUUAUUUCGCUUUGUAUUUUGAUUUGUAGCUCUUUCCUGUUUGAUUCUCAACUUCAGUAUUUAAUUUACCGUCUUUAUCCACAGGUUUUCCGUGGCUUACAGGACUGUUUUUUUUUUAUUAUUUAAGGGUAUGGAAGCCAAAAUUUGGGUGGGAUGGAGACAUAACUGAUUUAUAUCAAUUUGUAACAGAGUUUGUGUGUUUUUAAUAAAAUGUGUAUUUAUUCAGUAUUUUCCUCAGCACCCUGUGAGUAAAGUAAAAAUAACAAUACAUACUGAAAGGGCAUAAAUUCCCAGUGCAUUAUAUUUACCAUUGUGUUAGUAAAUAUAAUUUUUGAUUCAGAGAGUAUUUAGUUUGGUUUCUUUUUUGUUCUGUAGAAUAAAUGAUUAAAGCUGAACUGCUCUUUGAA